AUGGCAGGCGACAAACCCACGCUCCGGCAGCGGCAGCAGCAGCAGUUCUCGGCAGCCGCAGCCGCUGCAAGAAUCAGAUACGCCGACCCUCGCACCCUGCCCAGCUUCCCCUCGUCGGGCCUCGCCUCCAACGGCGCAGCCGCCAGCGCCGCCGCCACCCUCGGCUGGGCAAACCAAAAGUCGGUCGACCCCUGGAAGCCCGACCGAGCAUCCUCCGCCUCGGCCGCCGCCGCCCUCGCUUCUGACUACAAAAUGGCCCCCUCGCCCCAAUCCCCCGCCAACUCGGAUGGCCACAAGGCUGCCCUACUCGCCGUCGGUUCCGCAGGCGCCGCCCUCAAGCAGUCCAAUGCCGCCAAGCCUUCGUCCAACCUCCACGACUCUUGGGGCAACUCGGCAGCCACCCAGGCCUUUCAUGCAAAUCGCCCCGCCUCUGCCGAACCGCCCAACCUCACACACGGAAGCUCGGCCGCGACGCAAGCCUUCAACAUUGGCCGCUCCAUGUCGACGACAAAGGCCCCUUGGCCGCCCAACGACAAGUCUUCUUUGACUACUGCAAACGACUCGGUUCGCACCCGUCAGCGAGCUUCCUCGAAUGCUUUGGAUGGCGCCACCAGGGCACACCGCGCCUCGAUGCAGGCGAAGCUGCCAACAGAGGAGGCCGGCGCCGUCUCCGUCGUCACCAUGACGCGGAACAUGUUCACCUCGGCCCCCCCCGUCCAGCCCGAGGCGGACGAGCGAUCCAACAAUGAGAGGCUGCACCAAUCGGCGGUGGAAAUGGCAAAGAAGAUGUAUAGCCAACAUCAAAAGAUGGCCCACCAGACAAAGAGUGCACAGACAGGGCAGUCGGAAGUCGACCAGGUCAGCCCCUAUCUCAACCUGCAGGACGCCGCCUACAAACAGGCCCAAGAGCGCCUGGCCAAGCUUCACAACGAGCACAUGAAGAGCCGCGAGUACCAGGAGUACUACGGAAACGAAAAAGUCCCGCGUCACAAGCUCUCGGUGGCGGCCAAGCUGCGACGCCGGCUCUCCGACAGCGACAGCCUUGGCGAUCGCCAGCGUUCCCGCGAAAUCCGCGAGCAAAUGUCCAUGUUCUCCAACAAGCUGUCUCAGGUGGACAAGGACAAGCGCGAAAAGGACCGUGAAGCGCUGCUGGCCGCAGCGCAGCGCAAUGUAAAGGCGCGCCUACAGACCAUGGACGAGAAGACGUACCGGGACAAGGGCAGACUAAGCCCCACGCGGUUGACCGAGUGGGAAGUCAAGGCCCAGCAGGCAGCACAGUCUCGCCACGACUCUCGAACCGAGAACAAGGGCAAGGUGGAUAUCGGAGGCGGCAAGUUCAUGGCCCGCGAAGAGGUCGACGCCAUUGCCAUCAAGAGGGUGCAGCCCGUUCUGGACAACAUCAACGAAAAGGCCGGGGCCGAGCGAGAGCGACAGGCGGUCCUGCGCAUGGAAGAGGAAGCCCGGCGAGAGGAGGGCGAGAAGCAAAAGGCCCGCGAGCGCGAGGUCAAGGAAAUCCAGAAACAAGUCAAGGAGCAAGAGAAGCAAGAAGAAAGGGCCAGGAAACAGCAAGAGAAACAGGAUGAAAAGACGGCCAAAGCCGAGGAGAGGCGACAUGCAAAGGAGGAUAACCACAAAUUGAAGCACGAGACUGCGGCAGUGGGCCAGCAGCAUAAUGAGGAGCACACUGGCGACGUGGAGGGUUCCACGCGCCAGGAUGAGGCAUUGGGUUCCAACCCGCCCGGCCGCCGCCCGACGACUGAAUCGGAUGGCGAGUCGCCAGGUACCGCGCAGCGAAAGUCGGAGAUGCCAACGUCGCCAACGUCGAAAGUCAAGGGAUGGAUCAAGAAUCGCUUCUCACGGGGAAAAUCGCUGUCGGAAUACGGCGACAAGAGGCGAAGUUUCUUUGGUGGGGCGGCCAUGAAGGAGCACGAAGCCAACAAGAGCACCACGAGCCUUGAUAAGAGGCCGACGGGCUUCCGAGACGUGGUUAUGACGGCCAAGGCUGAGCCUGCAGACGACAACGAGGCGAGGGGGGCGGCAUCUGGAUUUCACAAGAAGGCGGGCGGGGGGCACUCGGAGCGGGAUUCGCACGGGGUGAGCCCCGCCAGCACGCCCCUAGAGGAGGAGGAGAGGCGGCUUGGCGACGACUCUGGAGGGCAAGACGGGUCCCCGACCAGCCUGGAGCCGCCGCGGCCGAUUGACGACGGGGGCAAACGUGUGAGUAGCAGUCCGACGCGCGACUCGCGAUUUCGAGAAAUGAUUGACCGGUGA